AUGCUGCUCGACACCAUCUCCGCUUCCAUCUCGUUAUUCUAUCCAAACCCCCCGCCGGCCUCCGCGCCCCCCACGCUCUCCCUCGACUUUCACGCCUACCCGCACCUCCUGGACGCGAUCAUCGCACACGCAGACAAGCCGACCCGCCUUGCCCUCCGCGCGACCUCACACGAUAUCUGCGACCGCAUCGACGCCCUGCUCUUCCGGCAUGUUGCCUACCGCAUCCGGCGGCCGGACCCGCCAGUGCUCGCCUCACCAACAUCCGGCAAACCGUGGUUCUCGCUGGACCGCGUAACCUCGGGGAUCUUGCGCGCCCGCGACAUCCGCGGGGCGCCCAUCCUCGCGCCCGAACGCGCCCUCCGCCUCACCCGUACGCUGGACCUUUACGCGCCCGCGCUGCGCCCGCUCGCCGCGCGCGUACGCCAUCUGCGCCGCUUCAGCGCCGAGUUCGACCCGCCAGUCGGCGCAGACGUUCUUGUCGACCACAUCCACCUGCCCCCGCUGCGGAUGUACGGCGUCUACCUCCCCGUUGGGAGCGAGGGGCACGCGCACGUCGGCGCGCGCCGCCACGUCCUGCUCGUCGAGUAUGCGGCCCAAUACGGGUCUGAGCGGCUGCACGACGGCACGCUCGUGCUGCCCCACCUUGCCGAUCUGACCGUCUUCAUCCUCCGCCCCGUGCGCGAGUGGGCCGGCGGCCCCCCCGCCGCCUCGCCGGAUGCGUCGUUUUUCGGAACUCUCGUGCGCUCCGCGGCGAGGCAUCGCGCGCUCGCUAUCGUCGGCGUUGAGGAGACGGCCGGGGAGAUCCUCGGCCUCGGCGGCGUGGGCAACGAGGUGCUGCCAUUCGAAAUCGCUGUGCACGCACUGUAUGCCGCUGCAAAGCGCAUCGUCAGGGAAACGCCGGGGGCGACACUUAGGAGCUGCGUGUUCCUCACGCACGCGCAAUACCGCUCCAAAGUGGGGCGAGAGGCAUAUGAGCUCGAGACAGAACGCUGGUGGGUGUCGUCCGAGGACAUCCAAGAGGCGGAGGCGGAGCACGACCCCUUUCUCCUCCAUCCCUCCCUCUUUGCUGUUUCAUAG